AUGAAUGAUGCUGUUCAUCAGCCAUUGAUGAAUGAUGCUGUUCAUCAGCCAUUGAUGAAUGAUGCUGUUCAUCAGCCAUUGAUGAAUGAUGCUGUUCAUACAGCCAUGAUGAAUGAUGCUGUUCAUCAGCCAUUGAUGAAUGAUGCUGUUCAUCAGCCAUUGAUGAAUGAUGCUGUUCAUCAGCCACUGAAUAAUGGUGCUGGUCAUCAGCCACUGAAUAAUGAUGCUGGUCAUCAGCCACUGAAUAAUGAUGCUGGUCAUCAGCCACUGAAUAAUGAUGCUGGUCAUCAGCCACUGAAUAAUGGUGCUGGUCAUCAGCCACUGAAUAAUGAUGCUGGUCAUCAGCCACUGAAUAAUGAUGCUGGUCAUCAGCCACUGAAGAAUGGUGCUGGUCAUCAGCCACUAAAGAAUGGUGCUGGUCAUCAGCCACUAAAGAAUGGUGCUGGUCAUCAGCCACUGAAUAAUGGUGCUGGUCAUCAGCCACUGAAUAAUGGUGCUGGUCAUCAGCCACUGAAGAAUGGUGCUGGUCAUCAGCCACUAAAGAAUGGUGCUGGUCAUCAGCCACUGAAUAAUGGUGCUGGUCAUCAGCCACUGAAUAAUGGUGCUGGUCAUCAGCCACUGAAGAAUGGUGCUGAAUGUGCUGGUCAUCAGCCACUGAAGAAUGGUGCUGGUCAUCAGCCACUGAAGAAUGGUGCUGGUCAUCAGCCACUGAAGAAUGGUGCUGGUCAUCAGCCACUAAAGAAUGGUGCUGGUCAUCAGCCACUGAAGAAUGAUGCUGGUCAUCAGCCACUGAAUAAUGAUGCUGUUCAUCAGCCACUGAAUAAUGAUGCUGAUCAUCAGCCACUGAAGAAUGAUGUAAAUACCUAUGGCUAUGUUAAGAUCAGUGAUAAUCACCUAUAUUAA